AUGCGCGAGAAAAAAGCACGACAGAAAUCGGAUGACGACAACACUGCUGAUGCCGAUUGCAGUUCCAGUCAAGCCCGAAAAAUAUGGAAGCUUGGACGAAAAUGGCGCGUCUUAUUCCAAAAAGAAGCAGAUCUGUCGAAAAUGUGAGAUUUUUUGUUGAUCUCCAAAUGCAACAGAAUUGUUUAUUUCAGAUUCACCAACAACUCAAAGUUGAAUCUGGUGUGGUUCGACAGAUCUGCUGCUGGUUGGUGACGACAUUGAUGACGUGUUGAAUUGGAAGCUGAAGCCAGAAGCAAACAUCCCAAGGAUGACUAUUUGACAAAUCCAAGGAUUUAUCGAAGAUCGAGAAGGAUGGUGUGUCGAAGAACAAGCCCCAUCAAUAAUCGUUUUUAAGAACGAAAAUUCGGAAGAGAAGGAAGACGCAUAUGUCCAAUAUACUAUCAGUUCUUGGCUUGCACGGGUUGAAGAUUUGGAAGUUCCAAGUGUUUGUCGUCUACGAUAA